UCGAAGGACCAUUUAUUCUAUAGACAUGUAAAUCUUGUUGUACAUUUUUGUAGGGGCAGUCCAUUGUUGGUUAUGUUUUGGAUAAAGAUCUCAUUCAUUUCUCGUUUUGUAAUUUUGUACGUUAUUGUCAAAUACAUAUGUUCGUGUUGUUGUUCAAUGUGUUAAUUUGUGGUUCGGACGGUUUCGUGGUUUCUUCAUCUUGUCUUUCUUGUUUCCUUAAGAGUUUGUAAUGUCUAAACAGUUGUGGUCAGUUAUGGUUUUAUCAUAUUAUUACAUAAUAUAAGAUUAAAUAACUGAAUUAACAACCAGACAUAUUGGAUGUUAUCACUUUUGCUGCUUGGACAACAUGUUGUCUUUCAAUUACUUUGUUAUGAGGGUAACUAAUGUGAAAUUUGUAAGCUUUUUUAAAAUAUGUAAUAUGUAAGAUCCACUAUGUCUGUCGAAUAGGUAUUCAGCUAAAUAUAUCUAUAGUUGCAUUUCGUGCUAUUUUUUUUUCAAAUAAUGUUUUAUUCGAAAUGUCAAGAAAAAGUCGUAAAUAUAUGAAUGGACUAUUACAGUACUAUUAAAUCACUAAUAAAUGUUUUGCAGAAAAUAAAUUCAAUCUAUAAUUUUUCGUCGUAGCUACUUAAACUAGGCGUUCUAUACUAUAGCUAAACAUUAAAAAACUUUUCAGCUCGGAGAAUCUGCAAAACGGCAAGUCGUUUUAAAAAAAAAUCGUGUUUAAAUAAAAAGAAAAAAAUAUUUCAAUCGUCCAUUUAUAAUUUAUUCGACGCUACGUGUUUUUUGCUUUACAUCGUUAAUUAACCAACUUUUUUAGCAGGUACAAUGAGACCAUCAGCACCGCAUGAACCCAUAUCAUCUCACAGCCGUACAUUGCACAAAUACUCGCGAAGCCCCAACUUUAGUAACGUUGUUGAUAAAUACGAUCAUCCGAAAUGUAAACUUAACUUAGAUCUUAAGCUCAUCGAGUCCAAAGACACCGCUUUGGCUAUUUACAACCCUGAUAGUAUUAGUCGGUCCAGCCUUAAUUCUAUAGCCUCGCUGGAUCUUGAUAGGCGUAGGCCGGAAUUUUGUACUAGAUCAUUACCGCGCCGCAAAGCUAACUAUGAUAGUGCUGCUUGUAUGUAUAGAACCAGAUCCCAUAGUGGUUUUAUUAAUUCAUAUAUUAAGGACCCCGAACCUAUUCAUUUUCACGUUCCUAAAUAUCACAGCUGUGGCGCUGUCAACAAAUUAGGGUGUGAAAUACCAAAAAUCAAUGCUAGGUACAAACAAUUUGGAUCACUUUAUUAUUCUAUAGAUAAUAUUCAUCAAGACUGCGAUGAGAAAGAACAUAACAAAAAAACUACAAACGAAGUUAAAAUAAAAGAGAUUGAAAUACAAAAUACUUGUUGCGAUGAGGAGUUUGUUGAAAGCCAGGAAUUCAAUGAAGAUAAUUAUAUCGGUGAUUUGGGAACUAGUUUCUCAUCUGAUAAUGAAACUGUUAUUGAGACAAAUCAGAUGAAAUGCCAAGACGAUGGCGAUGGUAAUUAUAAAUUGAAUAACGACGAUGUAUACAGAGCAGAAUGUGUUGUAGUUGAGAUUGAUUCAGAUGAUAAAAAUAGCAUUUCAUUUGAAUCAGUCGAAGGCGAAUAUCAUAGCUUUAAUGAAGAUAUGUUUGAACAAGUUGUAUACGAAAGCCCAGUCAAGGAUCUUGUCGAUAAAGACAUAAGAGAUUAUUCUGUUCCAAUAGUUGUUUACUGUGAGGACUACAACAAAAAUAAAAGUCCUAGAAAAUCUCCAGUUAAGAAGAUGGAAACGGUCAAACAAAAUAUACUUGAACCUAUUUUAGAAGAGUCUAAAAGUUCCUAUGGUGAAUCUAGCAAUGACAGUAACAAAAUUGAAUGUAAGAAUGAAUCCACUUCUUCAGUAAGGGGUCAAAUUGAACAAGUAAAUAGUGAAAAUGAAACCGUAGACGAUGAUAUAUCGACGAGUGCUCAUAUUAAAACAUUUUAUCACAAUACAAUAAAUAACUGCACUUUACCUGAUACAGAUUGCAACAAAGAGUCCAGACUUAGCUGCGAAACAAGUUCCAUGUCCGGCACUGCUAUCGCAAGUUUUGAUUCAACAGCUGAAUUUGAAAAGUUUGAAGUAAUUUCCGAGGUGUUAGCAAUUAUACUUACUAAAAUUAAUUAUGAGUUAACUGUAAUUAACUCUAAAUUCAAUGAUGUUAAGACGAUUAACAUUGAGGAAAUUAAUUUACCGAUUGAAGAAGAAACGUUUUCAAUUACUGAAAUAAUCAAUGAUAUUGAAGUUGGUGUUAUGUUCAACGACACGCCUUCUGUCGAAAUAAGUGAUUCAUACGUAAACGAUUCAGAAAAAAUUGUUGAAUCUAUAGUUUAUUAUAUUUUCGAUUAUGCAUUAUGUAUUUGUACCCAAAAGCAUAAAAUCGAAAAGAAACCAAAAUCUGUAGUCACUAUCGUUGAUGUUGAAGAUAUAAUUCAUACAACAUGUCCCGAAUGGAUAAAUUUUAAUAAUGGUAACUACGUUUCUAAAGAAGUUCACUUAACACCUACAAAAGAACAAUUAGCGAUGGUAGAUCGAUCAGAUUCUAUGAACGAAUACUUCAGCGACAAAAGUUCAGAUGUCAAUGAAGAUUCGCAGGAAUUUUUAACUGCAGCUAAUAGCCCGGAACAAUAUGUAAGCAAUGAAUUUAUAUUGAAAGACUACAUUGACGAAGAUUCAGAAACAGUGCUAAAAUUUCUCAAAAAUUGUAUAGAUAACAAAAAAUGUAACGAUAGUAGGGAACAUUAUACUGAUACGUUUGUAGCUGAUGUUAUAUCAGAUAUUUUAGAAAGGUCAUUGCUAGAGAUGACUGAUUCAUUACAGAGAAGUGAUGAAAUUAAUGUGAGCUUAAACGAAACUUUCGUUCUGAAGGAAAACGAAAUAAUGAAUGAAGCAUUCAUAGAUGUAGAUUGUAAUAGGUCAUCAUUGCCUUCUGAUAGUAACGCUUUAGACCUUUGCGAAGAGUCUCCAAUUAAAGCUAAUUCUUCACUCGAAGAUAGCUCGUUAUACGAAAGAGAUGAAUCUAUAUUCAGCUCUCCGUUCGUCAAAAGAUCGCAAGUGCUCUCUAUGUCCCAAAAAGUACACACAGGUGGUAUUAAGUAUUGGCUGUCUUUUGAUGACAAUUUAGUAACAGGUACAAAUAGACGCAAGUUUUUUAAAAAAGUUGAAGAGAAUCAAAUGCCAAGUUUCGUGCUAGUGGAUUUGAAGGAAGAUAGCUAUGAGAAAGAGUUGAUUGGAUUAGAAAAUAAUGAUAUUAGACGGCCGACAGUACUUUUAGAUGAAUACGGUUUGAAUUCUAAUCCCAACCCAAACGGACAUUUCAGUCCAAGUUUCAACAGUUUUGACUCCGAAGAUGAGGGUUGCAAGGAAAAACUGAUAUACGAUUCAAGGGAAGUCAACGGAAGACGAUUGGCGUCCAGUUGGCCGCCGUUCGAAGACUCGCUGUUUUACAAAAUUAUAACAAAUUUUAAAAUGUCGGAAAGUUUAGAUUUAAGCGAUCUGAGUUAUACUAGGUUUGAGAACUGUCUAUAAGUAUUUCUGAAGUCUUAAACUAAGUCAAACCUUCAGCAUGUUCCUAACGUCUGUAUUUUUUUUUGACUGGGUGUUAUUUUAUUCAUCACGAUCAUAUUCUGGGUGGUAUAUGUCAAUAAUUGUAAAUUAUUCCAAUAGUAUCUUGCACAACGAAUAUAAAGACUAUCAAUUCAUUGAUCGUUUCAGCUUAAGGUUACCAACCAAUCAGUGCAUUUAUAAACGGGGUGAUCACCGUCUAAAAUUCACCUUACCUCAGCGUCUCCCGAUAUAUACGACUCGAGUGAAAGAGAAAUAGAAUCAUUCAUUCGCUUUUGUUAUUUGUAUGUGCACAAGGUUACAAAUUCCGUCGGAUGUUCUGGUUUUUGUAAGAAUAUAGUUAGACAUUCAUGGUGUUAUUACAAAAAAGUUAACCACUUGUUUUAAAAAAGUUCUAUAACAAAUCAGUGUCUUUUUGUUGUUUAUCGUCAAACUUUAGACGUCGCUUACAUAGUUAGACACUGUUUAAUAAAAAACGUGUCUAAUCCAUGUUUAAAUUAUUUUUUGUAAUAACACAGUUAAUGU